AUGGAGGAAUCAUCCAAGGUAGUCUUAAAUGAUAACUGUUCAGCCUCAAUGUUAAACAAACUACCAAAGAAAAAAGGUGAUCCAGGUAGCCUAACCAUUCCUUGCCAAUUCGGGAAUUUAGCCACUAGCUAUGAAUUGGCCGAUUCGGGGGCAAGUGUGAACCUCAUGCCAUACUCUUUCUUUAAAAAGCUACACCUUCUGGAACUGAGACCAAUCCGAAUGGCGAUCCACUUAGCAAACAAGACGGUGACAUUCCCGAGAGGUAUAUGUGAAGAUUUAUUGGUAAAAGUCGAUAAGUUUGUCUUUCCGGCAGAUUUCAUUGUGCUAGAUAUGGAGGAGGACCACCAAGUGCCAAUAAUCCUUGGAAGACCAUUUUUGAAUACCACGGGUGCCAUAAUAGACAUACGAGACUCAAGGAUUACCCUUUGA